CCGGCCCCAACUGGACUAUCUUUGCCCUCCUUUCCAGUAAAACGAUUAAGCACCCACUGCCGUUGAUGUAUUUGCGUGGGCUUGUAAAGUAGAAACGAGAUUAGCCUCGUUUUAGCAGCCGCGCAAGGUGCCGGGGAAAGCGGGGGACGCCAAGUCCCUCGGUUUGGGGAGGGGGGGAGCUAACGGCGGUGAAGGCAAGGCCGGAGAGAGAUGGGAUCGUCUACCCGGCGGCAGGGCAAGGAAUUGCACUCUGCACAUGCUCAGCUGCCCGAGGCGGCCCCCGGAGGCGCUUGCAAGCCGCAGGCCAAGUAGGGAAGGCGGCGGGGCGUCUCCAUCCCUCUCUCCCUCCCUCGGUUUGGGCGGCCGCUGCUUCCCUUCUGCUCUGCCAGAUAGCGGUAGCACCGGCUACAGCCGCUGGGCGCUCCAGAGGGGCUCGCUUUUCGCCGCUCGCCCGCUCUCGGUUCUCCUUCCAACAAUGGACCUGAUCGGGGCCCUGGAUCUGGCCGAUUUGGCGGCCGCCUUCGCCCGCCUGCCUGUCUUCCCUGUCUUCGACUUGGGCUACUUCGUGGUCUCCCUCCUCUACCUCAAGUAUGAGAAAGGUGCGGUGGAACUGUCCCGGAACAGUCCCUUGGCCUCUUGGGUCUGUGCUAUGCUGUAUUGCUUUGGUAGCUAUAUCCUUGCUGAUCUCCUGCUCGGAGAAUCCCCUAUUGAUUACUUCAGCAACAACUCCAGCAUACUUCUGGCCACAGCUGUCUGGUACCUAAUCUUCUAUUGCCCGUUGAACUUUUUUUACAAGUGUGUCAGCUUUCUGCCUGUCAAACUGAUUUUUGUGGCGAUGAAAGAGGUAGUCCGAGUUCGCAAGAUCGCUGCUGGUGUCCAUCAUGCCCACCACCAUUACCACCAUGGUUGGUUCAUUAUGGUCAUCAUUGGAUUUGUCAAAGGUUCUGGAGUUGCCUUGAUGUCUAACUUUGAACAAUUGCUGCGUGGUGUCUGGAAGCCAGAAACAAAUGAAUUCCUUCAUAUGACCUUUCCAUCCAAAGCCAGUCUGUAUGGAGCACUGCUCUUCACCCUUCAGCAAACCCAGUGGCUUCCCAUCUCCAAAGCCACCCUCAUCUUCUUCUUCACUAUUUUUAUGAUCAUCUGCAAGGUGUUCUUGACAGCAACUCACUCCCAUGGCUCCCCAAUUGCCCCUCUGGAAAAUGUGGUGUGUCCCAUCCUCUUUGGCUCUGCAUUUACCAGUCAUGAUAACCAUCAUCAUCACCACCACCACUACCAUCAUGGAAGCUCGCAGGAGCCAUCCCUUCCGUCACCACCUCCGAUGCCAGCCAAAUCAAGGGAGGAGCUCAACGAAGGAACCCGGAAACGGAAAGCCAAGAAAGUAGAAUGAGCAUCAUGAAGGCUGACGGAUCCAUCUGAACCACCGCAACUUUGCUGCAUACCUUGUGUGACUUGUGGCCUUCCAAAGACAUGGUUGGAGGACGCUCCCAGGAAGACCAGUCCUCUUCUUCUGGCCCCUGCCAUGGUUUUCCUGGCCUGUCACCUGUGAGACGCAGAACUAAUGUCCGAACGGACCUUUCGUUACAGAUUCUAGCUCAGCCUUUCCUGUCCUCUUGGUCUCCUCCCCUUCCUAAGCCUCACCAGUGGAAAAGCUGGAAUGUGUUUUGGUGUCUCCUCCAUAUGGCAGAGAGAGAGAGAGAGAUUCUUACCCUGCAAAACAACCCAGGGAUCUUCAACUCCAGCCAUCAUUACAGGAUCCUAAGGCCAUUGAUAACUUUUCAAGGGCAGAGAGGCGUUCCAGAUGGAGUGACUGGCAUUUCACUCUCUACAUCAAUACUUUGGAUGUCUUACUUGGUUGCCGUUUGUAUAAAGGCCUUGAGCAUAGGAGAAGACCAUUGCUGCUGCUGCUACUCUUUGGGCUGUUGAUAUUUGUGUAUGUGUGUUAGCAUGUUGCCAUUUGUAUAUACCUCUCCAAAGUUUGAUGAGUUUUGCUGUAGGGAAGGAAACCAAAGCAACUACUGAGUGUUUCAAUCCUAGCCACUUUGCCAAACACUGUGAGACAUGCAUGUACAUUAUUUAUUGAUUGAUGCUCCUUCGCCCAGGAUAAUUAUUUAUUGUUGCCAAGGAUUUUAAGCAGUUUGCUUUCUCCUGCUGUGUCUCUUCUGCAAACAGUUGGGUUGUUUCUAGUGAACUGAUUUGGAUUCUGUGAUUGUUUUCCUCCUUCGAUUAAGAGAUGAUUAAAAGUGAGGGGCUAUUGGCAGAGGGGAGAAUUAGCUUCUAGCUGCUAUGUAAGCCUGUAGGAUGCCUAAAUAAUUCUUGCAUAUGAAUUAUGGUUUAACCAAGACCCAAUGGCUUAGAGGUGGAGCUCUUGCCUCACAAUCAGGAGGUUGUGAGUUCGAUCCUAGGUAGAGGCAGAUGGGUCUCCUGCUUGGUCAGUGGGUUGGACUCGAUGACCUGCAAGGUCCCUUCCGACUCUGUUAAAUCUGGUAUUUACAGAUUUUGUCUAGGAAGUCAAAGCUAGAGUAUAAAUAAUGGAGCCAUGGUGAGCAUCGGCAAACUUCCCUUCUUGCCCCAAAGUAGGUGGUUGCCAGCUCCUGAGAUUAUAAAAUUUUAAACUCUGGUUGGGGCAUAGAAGGAGACUCUGGCUGUCAUAGGACUUCCCCUGCUUAUCAUUUAGCUCUGACAAAAACAUGCUACUGCAAGAUCUUUUUUCUGCUGUGGCCUCAUCAGUGGUGGUAUUCAGCUGGUUCAGACUGGUUCGGGCGGACCGGUAGUGGUGACCUGCAGGUGCGCCUGCCCACCCGCCCCAGCGCUAUGCCGUCCUGUUUAGCCACGUUUUCUAAGCUGCGCGCAUAUGUGCAAGCUGCUCCAUUUUCGGUGCGUGGCGAACCAGUGGUAAAAUUUUGUGAAACCCACCUCUGGUCCUCAUGAUGUUGCCUUCAGCUUCUCCACGUCGCAUCCUCGAGGCAACAAAGCAGGGGUGAAAUCCAGCAGGUUCUGGCAGGUUCUGGAGAACCGGUAGCGGAAAUUUUGAGUAGUUUGGAGAACCGGCAAAUACCACCUCUGGCUGGCCCCAGAGUGGGGUGGAAAUGGAGAUUUUGCAAUAUCCUUCCCCCAGGAGUGGGGAGGGAAUUGGGAUUUUGCAGUAUCCUUCCCCUGGAGUGGGAUGGGAAUGGAGAUUUUGCAGUAUCCUUCCCCUGCCACACCCACCAAGCCACGCCCACAGAACCAGUAGUAAAAAAAUUUGGAUUUCAUCACUGCAACAAAGUCAUCCUUAGGUGGCCCAGUGUAAAAGUGAUGUUUUCUUCCUUUAAGCAGUAGUUUUAUUGUAAGGUGGGAGCAAUCUGGCCCGGUUCACCAGCCAUUCUGUCAGGAGUACUUCCUGGUGACCUACAGUAUAUGGGUUGAGGUCAGCCAAGCACCUGUUGACUGUUUGAAGUAGUGCAGUGUUACUCUCCCUGCCAAGUCUCCAGGCACAGCUCUCCAGGAUGAUUGUAAUCUGGAUAGUAGACGGGUUUGCUUCUUUCAAAGUGGCUCUUCCAUUGUAUGCACAAAGCCUGUGAGCCAAUCCCUGACCAGCAAUAGCAGCUGAAAGGGUUGCACUGUGAAGUAGAAGUGAGAGAGAGAGAGGAAUGGCUCCCUUUCACUGCUGCACUCUUCAUCCUCUGCUCAACUCUGUCCAUGAGACGGGCGGCAUAUAAAUUUAACAAAUAAAUAAAUAAAACUAUGUGUGGCAGCUGUUUUUCAAACUGCUUUUGAAUGUGGGUUUAUUCCUCUUCUAAGAAGAGCACUAAACCUGUAUUCUAAAGCAGACUGAAAAGAGUUGAUAGAUGCAGGUAAGUUACUAUGCUCUGAAAUGUCGUAGAGGAAGACAAUCCCACAAGUACCAGAUUUGAUGGCUGAUGUUUCGAUUUGAGCUGAUCCAGGUUUCCAAACCCAGAAAUACCUAGUGAAUAAGGAGGCUCCUCUUUCCUUUCUUCUGCUGCUUCUUGCCAUCUAGGUAAUUGAUCUCCCAGUUGGAAGAAGUGACAGAUACCGUAAAAAGAGAACAAAUUCUGGCAAUUGUCUGAACCUGCAGAUCUACAGUGGUGGCCAAAAUUGUGGAAACCUUUUGGGAAAAGUGUAUUUUCUAAAACUAGCUAAUAACACCACUUUUUGGGGGAGUAGUACCAUAAAAUUAUAUAUCAAUGGAAAGAUAAUUUAAUCAAGAAUGUAAUACAAUAACUUUUAUGAAGGAUUUGCUAUUAGAAUAGCAGUUACAAUGUAAAGAAGAAAAGUGAAACACGUAGAAAAAAUGAGAUAUAAAAUUAUCACCAUAGAAAAAACGAGAUAAACAAAAAUUAUCAUGUCAGUUAAUACUUAAUUGGGCAACCUUUAGCAUGAAUUACGGCCUUACAACGUCUUCCCAUGGAAUGAACCAAGUUUUUUAGUUCUGCAGCUGUUAUAAUGUGAAACCAAGAUUGAAUGAUUGCUUCUAUUAACUGGGUUUUAUUACUGGGUCGCUUCUGACUAAUAAGUUUCUUUAGUCGGCUCCAUAGAUUUUCAAUUGGGUUAAGUUCUGGGCUGCAGUGCUGCGGUGGCUCAGUGGUUAGAGUGCAGUACUGCAGGCUACUUUUGCUGAUCACCGGCUGCCAGCAGUUUGGCAGAUCGAAUCUCACCAGGCUCGAGGUUGACGCAGCUUUCCAUCCUUCUGAGGUCGGUAAAAUGAGGACCCAGAUUGUUGGGGGCGAUAUGCUGAAUCUGUAAACCACUUAGAGAGGGCUGUAAAAGCACUAUGAAGCGGUAUAUAAGUUUAAGUGCUAUUGCUAUUGCUAUUGCUAUUGCUAUUCCAGCAGUGGAAUAUGAUUACUUGAAAUUCCCCCCCCCCAAAAAAGUGGUGUUAUUAGCCAUCAAAACUCAAAAAUACACUUUUCCCAAAAGGUUUCCACAAUUUUGGCCACUACUAUAGCAGUUCUAGUUUGAGAUCAGCUCAAACAAUGCUCUGAGUAGGAGACUGUUUUCCCACAAGUUGGUUAAAUUGUGAAGGUUGGAGUUGGGUGGGGGGAAGGCAGGAGCAAGGAAGGACACCACUCUCCAGCUACAGACUGGAAGAAAGACAAUGGGGCAUCGCAGUGGGAACAGAUGCCAAAGUAGCUUUCUGUUGGCUCACAGCAUUUUAAUGGACCCAUAAGGAAGAGUCCUAUGAGUGGUGAGGAGUGGAAAUAGCCACCCAGAAAUAGAAAGUCCUGACUUUCCUUUUCUCCCUUUGGGGACAAUAGUCUCCUGUUGGACAUCAGCAAGAGAAGGAAUUGAUUGACGCGAAGAAGCAGAAGAGCCUUGGAGAACACUUCCUCCUCCAAGAUGUAGGCUGUUUGGUUAAAAAUACAUCUCAUUAAAAAGUGCCUUUUCCUUAGCAAAUCUCUGCCCCAACCCCUUUUUCCUUUUCCCCGGGAUUUUUAUCCAUGACUAGCACAGCCAUGGUUUUGUGGAUAUAGCCAUUCUUAAAAUAAAAGCCCUCCGUGAUGUAACUGA